GCGGAGGCUCCUGCAAAGAUGAUCCCUCGGUGCGUGUUGCUCUGCCUCCUCGCAGUGGCGCGAGCCGCGGACGAGCAGAGCCCGGAGGCGGCCCUGGUGGGGCCCAACGCCUCACACUUCUUCUCCUGGAACAACUAUACCUUCUCCGACUGGCAGAACUUCGUGGGCAGGAGGCGCUACGGGGCCGAGUCCCAGAACCCCACGGUGAAAGCCCUGCUCAUCAUGGCUUACUCUUUCAUCAUCAUCUUCUCGCUCUUUGGCAACGUCCUGGUCUGUCAUGUCAUCUUCAAGAACCGGCGGAUGCACUCGGCCACCAGCCUCUUCAUCGUCAACCUGGCCGUCGCCGACAUAAUGAUCACUCUCCUCAACACCCCCUUCACUUUGGUCCGCUUUGUGAACAGCACGUGGGUGUUCGGGAAAGGCAUGUGCCACGUCAGCCGCUUCGCCCAGUACUGUUCCCUGCACGUCUCAGCCCUGACGCUGACAGCCAUCGCCGUGGACCGCCACCAGGUCAUCAUGCAUCCGUUAAAACCCCGGAUCUCAAUCACAAAAGGUGUCAUCUACAUCGCAGUCAUCUGGACCAUGGCGACGUUCUUUUCACUUCCACACGCUAUCUGCCAGAAAUUAUUUACCUUCAAGUACAGUGAGGACACUGCCCGCUCCCUGUGCCUGCCAGACUUCCCUGAGCCAGCCGACCUCUUCUGGAAGUACCUGGACUUGGCCACGUUCAUCCUGCUUUACAUUCUCCCCCUCCUCAUCAUCUCCGUGGCCUACGCCCGCGUGGCCAAGAAGCUGUGGCUGCGCAACACCAUCGGGGAUGUGACCACGGAGCAAUACCUGGCCCUGCGGCGCAAGAAGAAGAAAACCAUCAAGAUGCUGAUGCUGGUGGUGGUCCUCUUCGCCCUCUGCUGGUUCCCCCUCAACUGCUACGUCCUCCUCCUGUCCAGCAAGGUCAUCCACACCAGCAAUGCCCUCUACUUUGCCUUCCACUGGAUCGCCAUGAGCAGCACCUGUUACAACCCCUUCAUCUACUGCUGGCUCAACGAGAACUUCAGGGUCGAGCUGAAGGCGUUACUGCGCAUGUGCCAAAGGUCGCCCAAGCCUCAGGAGGAGCGGCCGCCCUCCCCGGUCCCCUCCUUCAGGGUGGCUUGGACAGAGAAAAGCAGCGGCCUCAGGGCUCCACUAGCCAACAGCCUCCUGCCCUCCUCCCAGCUCCAGUCUGGGAAGACAGACCUGUCGUCCGUGGAGCCUAUGGUGGCAGAGUGACCUAGAGGAGAAGGGCAGGAAGGGGCAGGGGGGGCGGGGCUCUGUCUCUAGAUGAGGCUGGGAA